AUGUCGCAUCCCCGGUCGCGAUCCCCAUCGCUCCCAUCUGAGGGUGAGAUCGUUGAGCCAGGCCUAGAGACGAAGGCAACUGCGUCAAAACCUCCCUUGAAUGGCACCAAAGUUGACCGUCCCCCCAGAGCUAGCCCACUGGCCCCGAGAUCUCCCGUAUCAUUCGAUGGCCAUCGCUCGCCUCAUUGGAGUUCACGGAAGUCCCGAUCGAGAUCCCGCUCUCGCUCCCCGUACCGGGAAAACAAAGGUCACAAGCGCCGACACGGUGAUUCCCAUGACCACGAAAAUCGGUACUCGCGACACGAGCCCUCGCAGCGUUACAGGUCCAAUCCCGAUCGGCAUGACGAAGCUACCCAAAGCCGUCGGAUGAGGUCAUACCACGACUAUGAUCGCGAGGCACCCUAUGGCGGAGCACUACGGUACAGCGACGACCAUGAACCACGCAGAGAUAAGCGGCAGCGCACCCGCAGUCGCUCCCCUUAUCGUGAGCCGAGAAAGCCCAGGAGAUACUCAGGUGACGAGCAUGAUUCGAAGGUGGAUAAUGCCAGACCCUCGACAGAUGGAAGACACAAGCCCACUGAAAAAGUAGUGAGCGAACGAGCAAAGGCCUCUGCUCCAGAAUCCAAACUCGGUGCUGAAAAAAGAGAGAACCAGGUUCAAGCUUCUUCCCAGCAGCCUUACGUCUCUAAUGAGGAACUCCAUCCUAAUCCAGAGGUUGCGCCAGCGCCGGAGGUCGCCGAGCCAGUUAAUGAAGCCGAUGCCCUCGAGGCUCGCCGAAAGCGACGUGAAGCGAUUCGGGCAAAGUACCGAAGCCAAGCCACAGAGAGCGAGACGCAAGCUUCCACGCCUGUCACUGAGCCAAUCGUCAAGGAGACAUCCGAUUCCUCCCAAGAGCUACCCUCUCAACAGCCUGGGGAGCUCCGCCCUGGUUCAAAUAUCGGUCAAGACACCGAUUUGCCUGAUGCCAGUCCUUCUGUGGACGCCGCUCACCAUGAGCAAUCUGCUGUUAACGAUUCUCCAGCGAUUGACUUGAAAGAGGAAGUGCAGAAGCAUACCAAUGUCCAAAUUGAGAAGAGCGAUAUCCCUUCUGCUGCAUAUGACGAACUCGAUACUGCUCAUCCUCCUCCUGUUGGGCCACAAGCACAACCCCUGGAGGAUAACGAUACCCUUGAUAUGUUUGCCGACGACGACGAUAUGUUUGCCGAAGAAAAUGAUCAGCCCCGGCCAUCGCGUCCUGCUGCGGCCGAUCCCAGGGGUAAGGAAAUUGCCGAAAUGGUGGAUGAGUGGGACGAUUCUCAAGGUUACUACAACAUUCGACUUGGAGAAUUGAUGGAUAAACGGUAUCAUGUCCAGGAAAAACUUGGCCGAGGAACUUUCGCAGCCGUUGUGCGUGCCCAUGACCCCGAAACAGAUCGUAUGGUUGCCAUCAAAAUCAUCCGAAAUAAUGAUACCAUGCGCAAGGAAGGCUUGAAGGAGAUUGAGGUUUUGGAACUUUUGCAAAAGACCGACCCUGAGGGCAAGAAGCACAUCAUCAAGCUUCUUCGACACUUCGAGCACAAAGGUCACCUGUGUCUGGUAUUCGAAAACCUGAGCAUGGACUUGCGCGAACUUCUCAAGAAGUUUGGCAAGAACAUCGGCCUCAACCUGCGUGCAAUCCGGGUCUACGGUCAACAGAUGUUCCUCGCUCUGAGUCUUCUCCGCGAGUGUAACUUGAUCCACGCCGAUCUCAAACCAGAUAAUAUGCUCGUCAAUGAACAGCGUGGCUUGCUGAAGAUUUGCGAUCUGGGUUCUGCGUUCCCAGCCCACGAUGUUCCCACUGCGCCAUACCUUGCCAGUCGGUUCUACCGUGCCCCGGAAAUCAUGCUGGGGAUUCCUUACGACUUUGCUGUUGAUGUCUGGGCCAUUGGCUGUACGCUCUAUGAGCUCUACGCGGGUCAUUUCCUCUUCGCCGGCGCCAACAACAACCAAAUGAUGCGCGCGAUUCUGGAAACCCGCGGCAACUACCCACCCAAGCUCUUGCGUCGGGGAAGUUUGCGGUCUCACCACUUCACCGACGACAACAUCUUUGCCAGCUGGCAGCUCAAUCCUCUCACGGGUGCCAUUGAGCCCAAGCCCAUGGAUUUCAAAAAGCCGCCUCGCGACCUCAAGACCCGGCUUGGUAAAGGUGCGCCUGGAACCAGUCAAGCCGAGGCCCAUGAUCUGGCCACGUUCAUCGACUUCCUCGAGCGGUGCUUGGCUCUCAACCCGGAGAAACGGAUCACACCGAGCGAGGCUUUCAAGCACCCCUUCCUGGCGCGCAGUUUUGUCUAA